UUACAUCACUGACAUUGCCUUGGGCAGCUCAGUCUCAGUCCUUACAGUAACAAAUGCAGUGAAUUUGUCAGUUUGACUCCUCCCCUGUCUAAUUAAGGCCUUUAAUACAAGUAGCACUGGAAGCCAGACCAGCAUCUCCCACAAACUCCAUCUGCUAACUUCAUGAUGACACAGGAAAAAAUCAUCAUUCUCUCUGUUUUUCUAGCCCUGAUAUGUAUCACUCAGGUCAAUGCGCUACCUGUUCCCGAGAACUGGAAUGGUUUGAUCCAGCGGACAAAGAGAUCCCUGCUCUGGCGUUGGAACAGUCUGAAGCCCGUUGGUGCCAGCUGUAGAGAUCCCUUAGAGUGUGGCACAAAAUACUGCAGGAAAAAUAUCUGUUCCUUCUAAUACUCCAUCUGAAGAAAACAAACUAUCAGGGUGGUUACAGAACACACAUAGGCUUCAAGGACCAAACCCACCUGUCUGUUAUUGCUUCUCUGGUCUUUGGGCUUGAUCCGCAGACCUGUUGGAAGCUUAUCAGACCCCGUGCAUUCAAAUGAAGUGAUAAUUCCUGCAGAAAAACAAAGCUGUAAAAGCUGUGGACACACAACCAGUCAGAUGGCAUCAUCUGGAGUGAUCUUGUUUGCUACAUCAGCAAGGCUGUGUAAUCUGAAUGUGUUUUUGAUAAGAAAAUAUAAAUAUUCAUGCAAAGUU